AGACGGAGGAAAAAAGACAUCAAGGGAAGGGAAGAUAUUGACUGCCACAGGAAGAACAUCCAUCUGGCCCUGGUGUGCUUGAAAAAACUGAUAGCUUUAAGUGUGUGUAGCUUGGAUUGUGCAAAUUUGAUGAAUGACUUGCUGUCAGUUGCUCGAGAUGAGAUUGCAUCUGGAAAUGUGUCAGAUACUAGAUGGGACAAUCAUAGCAACAUUCACGAUAUUGUUGACCCUGUAAGGAGUAAAGAAAUAUUCAUUGAAAAGAUCAUAAAGCCAUUACUUCAGGAGUUUAUUGGGCUUUCUAACUCUUUAUAUUUUCAUGAAGUUGAGGUUAUUUGUGAUAUAGUUAUGAUGAUUACCAGUACCAUGGUGGGGGAAAAGAAGAACCUAAUUGGAGAGUGGGCAAUGGGUAUAUGCCAAAGUACUUAUAUAAGAAAUCCUGAAGUUGCUAAAAGAUUGGUCUCGCUUGUCAUUUCUUUGACCUCAGCCCCCAAUGACUUGCUUGUCGUCCAAGACAUGGCUACUCAACUUCUACAAGUAGUUGGGUCAGAGAAGGCAGCCCCAUUAUUCAAAUCAGAAGCAUACACUGUCAUAAACAAAUCUACUAGUGCUGCGAUAGCUAACUCUAUUCUGCAAUUUAUUAAAUCCAUUAUAUGUGACAUGGACAGUGUUAUCGAAAAACUGCGAGCAUGUAUCGCAGCUCAGAAAGAGGAUCCUAAGGUACUGGCACUGGAAUUUUCCUUGUAUGCAAGAGCCGAAGCUACGGCGCUUGUUCUUACUCCUUUUCUACAGAUGAAUCUUAAGGGUCCACAAACAGAACAGUUUAUGAGAAAUGCUGCAAAGUUUUUCAGAUGUUCGGCUCAAAUCUUGAAGUUUCUUAUUGCUCCUAGAGUUGGAAAGCAUAUUCUCCGAAGCGAGUACAAAAACUUUGAGCAAGCUACUAGCAGUCUGUACCUGGCUCUCACCGACUUUACAGCUUCGAAGCCUGGGGAGCAGAAGGUUGGGUUGAUUGAGUUGCAGAAUCAAUUAGAUGUUACAGAAAGAAAAGAACUAAUUCAAAAAGUCAACGAACUCGAGAGGGAAAGUGAAUGCAACCUAGAGUUGAUUGCCCAAUUGCAGGAAUAUCGCACAGGCACUAUUCUAGUAAUAGACGCUUUGUUAAGGGAAAGAAAGCGAUCCCAAGGCUCUGGAGGUGAAGAGGGAAAAGGCAACGAUAAGAACUCUUCGCCCGAAGCUAACAGUCCAGAAGCAGCAGCAGAUGAUCCUGGUUCUCCUGAAGUAGUUGGCAUUGACAUUCAAGCAAAGAAGAGAGUGAAAACAGAUGUAGCCGCGGAAGACGACCCUGAUGGACCAACUGAAAGCCGAACCCCGGGAUAGCUGGUAUGUGUAAUACUUUGACCUUUCAAUCAUUUCAUUAGUCUGCUUGUAUAUCAUAUGGUGCAUGUGAAGCAAAUGGUCAUGUGCUAUAGGACAUCAGAUGACUACAUUGAUGCAAAUCUUUACAUGUUAAUGCCAUUUAAAGGUCUAUAGUUGAUGUUCAAAACAUACCCACCUUAAAGACACUUCAGUCCACUCAGUCCUAGAUUUUCUUCUCCUUUUUGAGGCUCUAGUAAAAAAAACAAGACUCAAAAAACAUGUAGUUAGCCUAGCCAAAUAGAUCUGUCUUAACCAAUAAUACAAUUGGUUAGGU